AUGAGUUCAGGUCCCUCAACAGAAGACAUAGGGGAGCAAUUGGAAAAACUGAAGACAGAUUUCGAGAAGGAGAAUAAUGAUCUCUCUAAACUGAUAGAACAGACUGUUCAGAAGCUGAAUUCAUUAACAAAUGAAAAACUUGACAUCGCCAUCACAGGGCCGACGGGUGCCGGCAAAUCAUCACUUGUCAACGCCCUUCGUGGAAAGAAAGAUGAUGAAGAAGGUGCAGCUGAGACUGGGGUAAUGCAAACCAUGGAGAGAAAGCAAUAUCCACAUCCCACAUUCCCAAAAGUAACACUAUGGGAUCUUCCAGGAGUUGGGACAUAUGAAACACAGGAAUACCUGCAGAAGGUACAUUUUACGGAGUAUGACUUUUUCAUCAUCGUUGCCUCUGUUCGCUUCAGAGAGAAUGAAAUUCUGCUGGCCCAAGAAAUUCACAAAAUGAAUAAGAAAUUUUACUACGUGCGCACUAAACUGGAUGUCGAUAUAGAGUCUGAAAGAAGGCAACAAAACUUCAGUGAGGAAAAAACCCUUGAGAAGAUAAGGAAAUAUUGCCGUGAUAAUUUGGCCGAGGCAGGGGAAUCUCAUCCAAGAGUUUUUCUUGUCUCUAGUCGUUAUUGGAGAAGGUAUGAUUUCCAGCUGCUACUAGAGGUCAUGGGAAAUGAACUGGAUGAACUCAAGAGAUAUGCGUUAAUCACAGCAUUGUCAAAUUCCUCAAAAGGAAUCCUGAAAAAGAAGAAGGCUGCUAUGGAGGCCCUUGUAAGGAAAGUAGCCCAUGUAUCUUCUAUUAUGGGGGCCAGUCCAGUCCCAGGUCUUUCUCUUGUUUGCAAUAUUCCCUACUUGGAGGAAGAAAUGAGAGAUUUCAGCACGGUCUUUGGCUUGGAUGAAGAUUCCCUCCAUCGACUUGCAAGACAAGUUGGCAAAACUGUACCUGUGUUGGGUUCAGCUAUCAAGAAGACCAGAAUAGCAAGCAAAAUUGACAGUGAAUUUGUAAAGACUCUAUUGAGUAGGAUGUGCACGUAUGAAGGAAGAAAUCGAUGGGAAACCUUUCUUCUUCAUUACCUACCCGGGUUGUGCUCUCUGUUUGGUAGAGUUAAUUCUUUUGCAGCUAUCUCCCACAUGCUACAGAGAUUUUUGGAUGAUGCUGAGGAAGAUGCUGAGAACGUUUUGGCAAAAGCUGUUGGGUAUUAA